AGGUUGCCUAUGCUACUUGCCGCCAUAUUUUCCCUUAAACUCCAAGGUUAACUCCCGGAAAGAAAAAACACACACACAUACACACCGGCUGUAGCUCUUCGCUGUUAUUUCUCUGGAGGCCUGCAGAACUGGACUCGUCCCGGAGCUGGUUGUACCUCGAAGACGGCCUGUUCUACCUCUGGGUUUAUCUGAAGGAUGCAAGAGAACAAUUUGGAGCCGUCAAUAUCUCAGCUUUUACGAGAAAGCUACUUUGCUGAUGCCAAUGUCCACCAACGGCAAUGUGAAAUGAGUCGAUCAGACGGGACAUCGCAUCACCUUGUUUAUGGAGGCCUCCUGGGGAAAUCGGAGGACGUUGGAGGACAGGAUGACUUUCCAGACCUCUCAGCCUUCCUGAGUCAAGAGGAAUUGGACAAAAGUGUUAAUCUGGCAAGGCAGGCCAUUGGCCAGGGCAACCAUGAAGAGAGAGCUGAGGAUAUGGGUCUUGGUGGGAAACCUGUCUCCCACAAGAGCAGACCACCAAUUGACAAAAGGGAAGUGCCAGUCUCUCACCCUACAUCACCCGACCAGCAGACGUUCCAGCCAGCCUCCAAAGAGAAUGUAAUCAAGAAUAAUAGACCCCAGAAGGAGCCCAUUCAAGACUUCCGCAAACCUGUCAGGAACACCCCAUAUGGACCUGAAACUCAGUCCAAGAAGGAGUUCCUUAACAAAGCGGCCGAUUUCAUUGAAGAGCUGUCCUCACUUUUUAAAGCUAACAGCUCCAAGAGGAUAAGGCCGAGAGCCUGCAAGGCACACAGGAGCAGGUACAAGAUGAAGACCCAGCAGGAUGGGUCAGCGUUCAAUGCCCAAGACAGGGAAAGACCGAUUCCACCCUACACUAGCCAACCAGAUGAACAAACUGAACCUCCCAUGGAGGAGGAACCUGAGUUGUCUCUCUCGAAAAACAGCAUUCAGGAUGAAUCAUUCGAUGUUGAUGCUGAUGAGGCAGAGAGCCACCAGGCUAAGGCCCCAAGUCCUUCACAGCCUCAGCACUCUGAAGGGCCCAUUAUGGAGCCACCACACUUUAUCCAAAAACUGAAAAGCAGGGAAGUUCCCGAAGGCAGCAAAGUGAGACUGGAUUGCAUCGUAAGAGGACUUCCCACUCCUGAAGUUAGGUGGUUUUGCGAGGGCAAGGAAUUGGAAAACAGUCCCGACAUCCAGAUAAUCACCGACGGGGAGCUGCACUCCCUCAUCAUAGCCGAGGCCUUCGAGGAGGACACGGGCCGCUAUUCUUGCUUCGCCUCCAACUUCUAUGGCACAGAUUCCACCUCUGCAGAAAUAUACGUAGAAGGGGCAUCCUCUUCAGACUCUGAUGCAGAGCAGCACUUUGAACAUGUAACACAGGCACAGAAAAAGUCCCCGCUGAGCGUACAAGUUGUACCCCCCGCCCCUCGGCUACCACCGGCACGCGAGGAAGAGCCUGUCCCCGUUCCCGUCCCCAUCGCUGUCUCCGUCCCCAUCCCAGCGCCCGUCGACCCACCCAGCCUGCAGACACCCAAACAGGAGGCCUCCGCUCCUGCAGCCAUGCAGAACGCCAUGGGCUAUCCACAGGGGUUAGAUGGAAGGCCGCUGAUGGCUGCUCCUGUUUUCACAAAGAACCUGCAAGACCUGAUCGCGUUCGAAGGCCAGCUUGUCGUGCUCGAGUGUCGUGUCAAGGGGGUCCCCUCCCCCCGCGUCGAAUGGUACAGAGAGGGGACCAUGAUAGAAGACUCGCCCGACUUUCGGAUUCUACAAAAGAAGCCUAGGUCCAUGGCUGAAUCAGAGGAGAUUUGCACUUUGGUAAUUGCUGAGGUCUUCCCCGAGGAUUCAGGGACGUUUACGUGCACGGCAAAAAACAAAUAUGGGACUGUGUCCAGCAUUGCUUAUCUGAAAGUGAAAGGAAAUGAAACCAGCAGUACCAACAUGAAAGCAGGGACCAGUUUAACUGUGGAACCCUCCCACUACCACACCGUUGAACUGCUGCCUCCAGAGCCCACCAACUCCAGUCAAAAGUCACAAGUGGAUGCAGCCUUGAUGAGCUGCAACAAGGCCCAGCCUGGUGCCUUUCCCCUCGACAGUCUCAGUGGUGGAACAAAGCCUGUUGCUGAAGGGGACUUGAUCCACCACAAAGAGCCCCUCCCAAAUAUCCAUCCCACAGAUCCUUUUAGUGCGAGUCUGAAGCCCAGACUGGACAACAAACCCAUCCAUCACGCUGAGUCCCUCAACGUGGCCUUCUCAGAUCCCCUUGAUUCCAGCCCAAAGCCCAUACUGGAGAACAACCCUGCCUAUCAAAACAUACCCCCCUGUAGCAUCUUGCUCUCAAAUUCCUUGAACUCUGGUUUGAAGCCCAGACUCGAAGGCAGCCUUGUUAGUGAACCCCUCCCCAGCAUCCUCUCCACGGAUUCGUUGAAACCAAGAAUGGAGGGAACUGCACUUCCUCACAAUGAACCAAGAUAUGUUGUCCUCCCUCCUGAUCCCUACAUUCUGAAGCCUACUGCUGAGGAAGCCUUGGUGUACCCCACUGAAUCCCGCUCAAGCACCAUGCACCCAACUAUUACUGGUCUCAGUCUGAAACCCAAGAUGGGGGCCACUGGACCCACACAGGUCGAAUCGCAGCCAAGCCUCAUCUUCCCAGAUCUCAGUUUGUCUUCAAAGACCAAACCAGAUGGAGCUCUCUUCAACCACAAUGAGUCGCGCCCCAACGCUGUCCCUCUAGAUACCCCCAGUUCCUGCCUAAAGCCCAAACUGGUCAGUCAGAAUGAGUCCCGUGCCAACUCCCGAGUGGGUCUCCGUGUGCAUUUCAAGCUACCAGAAGACGAUCUGGACAGCGUGCCGUCAGAGGAGUCCACCCCUGCCCUAGAAAUGCACAACAGCUUGUUACCUGGAGACACAUCACUCACAUCUCCAAGUAAAGAGCCUCCUCCAGUCCUGGCUAAGCCCAAACUAGACCAGCAUCAACUCCAGAUUCUCCACAAUCAAGUUCUUCUUGAGCAACAGCAAGAGAGCACCCCCCCAACCCUGCUGGACCCGGCACCCUGGCCACCACGGCUUUACCAUGAACAGAAGUCCUCCCCCAUAAACCUACCAAACCUUCCAACUUCGACCUUUACGCCAGCUGCCACACCAACUCCCGCCAGCAUGACGCAGAGCUUCAACUACACGCGGCCGAAGGAAUUUAUCGCUGCUGCUCAGAGCCUUUCUCCUGUCCGGAGCUUGUCUCCCACUGAGUCACCCGUUCCCAUGCUCAAUGCCAUGGCUGCAAAAAUGCAGCAACGGCCAGCUGCGGAUGCUAGUUUCCUACCUCCCUCACCAGCACCCAAUCAGUUUGCACCGUCCCCCCGGAUGUUCCCCACGAGGGUUCUGCAGUCGCCCACUAGCCCACCUGGCUUUGUGUCCUCGCCCACCAUGGUCCCACCUGCCUUGCUCAACUCGGCCUUUGCGCGGAGGCCACAGUCACCCCCCCAGGCCCCAUCGCCAACAUCAAGUAGCUCCACCCCCAGUCCCAUUCAGAACCCAGUGGCCUUUCUCAGCUCUGUCCUUCCCUCACUCCCUGCAUCUCCACCCACCAAUGAAAUGGGGCUACCCAAAGGCGCCCCUCUUGUGUCACCCCAAGGCAUGCCAAAGAAAAUACCCAAACCGCUUCGAUCUGUAUCAGACGACGACAUUCGUGAAGGCAAAGAAACCGUCCUUCAGGACCUUGAGAAGAAACUGAGACUGAGACAAGAAUCUGCAAAUAAUGGACAGCAGAAGCUGCCUUAUGAAGGGAAAACAGCUGCCAGACUGCUUGGACCAAACAAUCCUGCAACUGUCAUUAAUUAUGAUGAGGAAUAUAAGGUGUCCAACUUUGAGCAGCGGCUCAUGGGUGAAAUCGAGUUCCGACUUGAGCGAACCCCAGUGGAGGAGUCGGAUGAUGAGGUGCAACAUGAUGAAAUCCCCACGGGCAAGUGCAUAGCCCCAGUUUUUGACAAGAAGCUGAAGAACUUCAGAGCCAUGGAGGGAGUCCCUGUGACAUUCACAUGUAAAGUAGUAGGAAUACCAAUUCCAAAGGUUUACUGGUUCAAGGAUGGGAAGCAGAUAUUAAAGAAGAAUGAACACUAUAAGAGGACAAGAGAAGGUGAUGGAACCUGUUCCCUACACAUUGAGGCUACUACCAGUGACGAUGAUGGAAAUUAUACUGUGAUGGCCGCCAAUCCUCAGGGAAGGAACAGCUGCUCUGGUCAUUUGAUUGUCCAAACUGGUCCAUUCCGCGGACGACUCACACCACUGAUACAUUCUCAGAGAGUGCGUUCCCGUGUACAGGAGGUUGAAGAAGGUGAGCCUGUUCAUGAAAGAUUCUUUCAACCUCACUUCCUACAAGCCCCUGGAGACAUGGUGGCUCAUGAAGGAAGGCUCUGCAGACUAGACUGCAAGGUCAGUGGGUUGCCAAAUCCGGAUCUCAUGUGGCUUCUCAAAGGGAGACAGAUCUUCCCAGAUUUGCGCCACAGAAUGCUGGUACGGGAGAAUGGGGUUCACUCCUUGCUCAUAGACCCACUAAUGCAGAGCGAUGCUGGAACAUACACGUGCAUUGCAACCAACAAAGCAGGACAGAGCUCCUUCAGUUUGGAACUGAAUGUUAUGGAAAAAGAAGUGAAAAAGGUCCCCAUGUUUUUGGAGAGACUCCAGAACACGGGCAUUGCUGAAGGCAACCCAGUAAGACUGGAAUGCAGGGUGGCAGGCAUGCCCCCACCAGUCAUUUACUGGAAGAAGGAUAACGACACUAUUUCUCCUAACAAGGACAGAGUAAGCAUGCACCAGGAUGCCACAGGAUAUGUUUGCCUGCUGAUUCAGCCAACCAGGAAAGAGGAUGCUGGUUGGUACACGGUAUCAGCUAAAAAUGAAGCAGGGAUAGUAUCAUGCACUGCCAGGCUAGACAUUUAUGCCCAGUGGCACCAGCAGAUCCCGCAGCCCACGAAGAUAGUCCGCCCCUCGGGUAGUCGCUAUGCAGCCUUAACCAUCCAGGGCCUGGAUAUCAUGUCUGCCUUUCCUACCACGGACAACAGCCCCAUCCUGUUUGCCAGCUCGCCAGUGGAGGCAGCCCUGGAAAGCGAUGAGCUGUAAGGAGGACAGCUAGUGGAUCCCUUCUUGAAUGCACCCCCACAAUCUCCACUCCCAGAACUGGCCUUACCACACUUUGUCUGGUAGCCACCACAUAUAGCUCCUCCACAGAUCUGCACUUUCAGUGGUCUGUUAAAACCCAGACUUCCCCUCGAGCUUUGAAAACACUAUAUGAUUGUUUACAUCUUGGUACUCUUGUGCUGCCUUCCUGUUUGUCAUUAGCGGAAGGUAUAUCUGUCAGAGAUAGUCUGUUAUGUUCUUUGAUUGCUCAUUUUUUUCCUUUUACCUAUUGUGUGUGAUGAUUUGAUCAAGACUAAAGUGGCUAUUUUGCCUUUAAGUUCAUCCUUUCUCCAUCCAUUUGGUUUCAUGUGUAUUAUCAUUUUUGUUCAGAAAUUGUCUUCAUAAAUAUAUUAAUUUUUGCUGUUAUGGAAAUAGUUUACACUAAGAAGGCGACCUUACAACCCAAGGAAAGUAUUACCCGUCAAUUUAUGCCAAUACAUCAGAUUCUGUUUCUAAAAUUUUCAGGUUACGUUGACACUUUAUUUUAAUUAUUAGAAUGUUCAGUAUAACUUUAUAUAAAACAUUAACUUUAAAUGUAAUUAAAUCUAAAUCAGAUAUAGUUAAACACAGUUUACCUAGGAACAAAACUAAGUUACUGUCACAUAGUUCUCCACUUAAUACUGACAUUUAUAACACCCAAUAACAAAGAAGUACUUACCACCUCUUACAGUAUUUUUGUCUGAAUCAAUGUCUCUGGCAUAGAUGGUUAAUCAAAUCCUUAAUUACACUAAAAUGGAAGUUUCUAAUACAUUUAUUGCUUUUAUUCUGUUGACUGAAAACUUUCUCAAGUUAUUUUCUGAGUCUUUUAGAGAAAAAACAGUUAAUGCUCAAGGCUGUAUAGUUCCAGGACUUACCUUAAAAGUUUUAUGUGAAGCAUGAAGAACGUAUUAUUAUUUGAAUCAUUUUUCAAACUGCUUUUAAGGUGAGGUAUUUUGCUGCUCUUUUAAUUGUAUAGAUAUGUAUCCAACCAGCAAACUGUUAUACUUAAUAUUUGUUCUUGGAUUGUUGAAAAAACUUUUAUAGUCAUUAUAUUCAGUGGCUGAGCUAUCAAUUAUUGCACCUGUUUCAGAAAUCUUGCAGUUUUCUACGUAAGCUACGUCUAGGCAAACGCAUUACAGCAUAUUUGCUUUAUUGAGAACACGGUGAAAAACUGGUACUGGUCUUGACAGGUUUUUUUGGAGGGAGUUUACAGUGUCUUUAAUACAUGUUGUGAUGCAUUGGGCUGAAACAUUUUGGUUUUAAAGCAAAUAUUUUAAUAAUGUAAAGUUAUGCCAUCUUUUAUGAAAA